AUGGAAGAGUCGGCAGUCGACCAGAACGAGGAAGCUCCGCUUGCUGCGACCGGCAGCAGCAGCAGUCCAGAUGAGGGGAUCCGUCGGUCCGGAAGAAAGCGAGCUUCGACCAUUAUGAUCAUCAACGGCCACGCCGUGAAGAGAGCCAACAACUAUGUCCUCAAGGGAGGUACCUAUUCGCAUGGAGUCUACACUGAGGAUGAACAGAAAAAAGCUGCUGCGUCCUCCAAAAAGCCCAAGAAACAAGGAGGUCCUCGCACGACGGAAGCUCGCAAGGUUUCGGCAUCGGAAACGGCUCGCGUGGAUUUUAACAACAAUGUCAAAAAGAGCGUCCAAUCCAAGGAACCUCUUCGACGGGACUUUUUAGUCAGAAACAGAGAGUUGAUAGAACCGUUCAUGGACGAAAACACAAAGAGAAUGGUGGACAACUGGGGGCAACAAAAGAAACCAGCCAAGAAAUUCGAAAAGCAUGAGCUGUUUGCGCAGCCAGAGUUAGUGGAAGGUGGAGAAAUGAGAGACUAUCAGCUUGCCGGCCUCAACUUUAUGGUGGAAAUGCACCAACAGAAUCUGGGAAUGAUUUUGGGAGAUGAAAUGGGUCUAGGAAAGACAUUACAAACCAUCUCUCUCUUAUGCUAUUUGAAAGAGCAUCUAGGACAGAGUGGGCCAAGUUUGGUUGUUUGCCCACUAUCUGUUUUGUAUUCAUGGUGCUCUGAGGCUCAAAAAUGGGCCCCUUCCCUCAAGGUGCUGCGACUACAUGCCACCAAUAGUGAGGAUCAAGCCAAUCAACGAAGAGAACUUGUGGAACAUGCGACCGAAUAUGAUCUGGUGGUGACGACCUACGAAAUGAUCAAGGUCCAGCAGUUGCAAUUCAUGUUUAACCGCAUCCACUUUCGAUACCUUGUGCUUGAUGAAGGGCAUAAGAUAAAGUCCGGCUUGACACUCGUUGCCCAAGCAGUCCGACGGCUGCACUGUGAGAAUCGUCUUCUCUUGACUGGAACACCUCUGCAGAACAAUUUAUCCGAGCUGGUACAGUUGCUCAAUUUUCUGCUCCCAGAUAUCUUUAACAAUUUUGAGCCCUUUGAAAAUGCAUUUGACAUUACAAACAAUGUGAUUGACAAAGAAAAAAUGAUGCAAGCCCAAAAAGUCUUGGGCUUGUUCAUGAUUCGCCGUCUAAAGAAUCAGGUGGAAAAACUCAUGCCCAAGAAAAUCGAAACAAAGGUGUAUUGCCCGCUCUCUCGGAAUCAGAUCUUUUGGUACAAGGCCAUCCUGAUGAAGGAUCUUAGUUACUUGGAGAGACACGACAAUAAAGACGGCACAGUGGGCGCCACGGCGGCGCAAAAAUUGGCGGGCCUCUUUAUGCAACUGCGAAAAGCUUGUCUGCAUCCUUUUCUCUUUGAUGGAGCAGAACCAGAUAUUGGAGCGACAACGCUGGAACAACUCAUUGGUGCCUCUGGUAAACUGUCCGUCUUGGACUCGUUGUUGCAAAGUCUAUUUAAAAAGGGACACCGCUGUGUCAUCUUCUCACAAUUCACAAGCAUGCUUGACAUCCUCACCGACUAUUGUUCCAUGCGAGGUUGGCGACACCACCUCUUCGAUGGAAGAACGUCCCGUGCGAGAAGAAACUAUUUUGUCAACGCAUUCAAUGCAAAAAACAGCGAUGUCUUUCUGUUCUUGAUGUCCACCCGCAGUGGUUCAAUGGGCCUCAAUCUCCAAACAGCCGACACAGUGAUCCUCUUUGAUUCUGACUUCAAUCCACAGAUGGACAUUCAGGCUCAGGCGCGUGUUCACCGCAUUGGGCAAAAGAAGACAGUUCAUGUCUACAGGUUGGUUGCUGGUGGAACCGUGGAAGAAAGGCUUGUGGAGCGAGCAGAGAAGAAGCUACUCCUUGAUCAAAUGGUGAAUCGCGAUCGGCCUGCAGGCGGGGCGCCAGACCCCAACGAAAAAGAAAGCUUUUCUGGGAGUGAAAUGCUGAAGGAUAUCAAGUUCGGGAGUGCCGCAGUUUUUGGCGAUUCCUCCCUCAAUAGCUUGCCUGCUGCGAAGGAUAUCGAGUUCAUCACGGACCGCAAGCGUUCCGAAGUGGAUUCGGAUGGCAAGCUGAAGGGCAAUGUUUUUCACAAAGGAGACACUUUUGAUGUUACAAAGGAGCUCUCCGCUAGUCAAACGUUCCAGGGUAUUGAUUUCAAGAAACUUCGACAAGUCCAGAAAGGCAAAGGCGAGGAGGACAUUCCAACUUCUCUACGAGGCAUCUCACGAAUGUGGGUCGACAACGAAAGCAAGCGAAAGAAAAAGAGUCGUGUUGUGAUGGUGAAAGGCAAGAAUAGCGGCUAUGGCCAAGCAAUGGUGCCUGUCUUGGCUUCCAACAACUACGACUUGGAAAACGGGGAGUCAUCGGUGUUCGACCGCGAACUUUCCAGCAAAGCCAAGGACAGCUAUACGGUCAAAAAGCACAAGAGGGCAAAGGUGCCAGAUCACCAAGAAUACUGCCAGGUUUGCGGCGAUGGUGGAACGAUCUACCUUUGUUCUCGUUGCCCCGUUUCUGUCCAUCGGCGUUGCUGUGCAACCGUCGACAACAUGCAACCGUCAUGCCCUCAUCACUGGUGCUGUCUUUGUGAAAAACCUGCCCAAUUCGUGGGAGGAAUCCUUUUCCCAUGCCAAGCUUGUCCAAACGCGUAUUGCGAGGACUGUUUGCCGACUGGGAACCCCGGCUUUCGAUACUUGGAGCAAUGCGAUCGUUUUGAACAAAUGGGAUUCAACUCUACCAAAACGUCUGUUUACAUUCACUGCUCCAACCAUUGCGAGGAGUACGCGAAACAAAACCUUGGGUGGAAGGCCCCCAGCACAAAGCGACAAAGUUGCCCAAAGAAAAUUGACGUUUCUGCGGAGUUUGGCGGAGAAGAAGAGGGAAGCACUGAAGUGACUCAAUCAGCAGCGGCUGCAGUGGCACCCCCUACUGUGUCUACCUUAGAGUCUUCAUCUUCUUCUGGCAGCGAAUCUGGCGUGCCGGCAACUAGGCCCGGCAGUGCUGCGGAUGCUGCGAUCGACAUCGACUUGUCGCUUGAUGACGAUGAUCAAGGAGGACAAGAAUACAUGUAG